AUGGGUGCCACCCACUGGGAUGACGCCGACCUCUACGGCGACACUGAAGAGCUCCUGGGCAAGUGGUUCACAAAGAAUCCCGAGAAGCGCCAAGAUAUCUUCCUUACCACCAAGUUCGGCUUCGCGGGCAUGGACGGCCCCAACUUCCUCAUCAGAAGCGAUCCGGAAUACGUCAAGAUCGCCAGUGCUCGCAGCCUGAGCAAGUUGAAGACCAAUUAUAUUGAUCUUUACUAUUGUCAUCGUGUCGACGGGAAGACCCCCAUUGAAGAGACUGUUAAGGCCUUGGCCGACUUGAAGAAUGAAGGAAAAAUAAAAUACCUCGGCUUGUCUGAGGUAUCAGCCUCGACACUCCGCCGCGCCCACGCCGUCCACCCCAUCUCCGCGCUCCAAAUCGAAUACUCACCCUGGUCUCUCGAUAUUGAAACCGGUAGCCAUUCCGUCCUUGACACUUGCAAAGAACUCGGCAUUGCAAUCGUCGCCUACUCACCACUCGGCCGUGGCUUUUUGACUGGAAGGAUCAAAUCCCCCGCCGACGUGGCCGGGGACUGGCGAAGCACGGUCCCCCGCUUCCAGCCAGAAAACUUCGAUAAGAACCUCGAAUUGGUGCGCAAGCUCGAGGAGAUUGCAGGCCAAAAGGACCUCACGUCUUCCCAGCUCGUACUCGCGUGGUUGCUGAAGCAGUGGGAGGGAGUGCAUCCGCUAGUCGACACACGCAGCGUCGAGCGUGUCAAGGAGAACAUGUACGCUUUGACGGUGAAGCUUUCGGAUGAAGAGGAUAAGGCGAUCCGACAGGCUUGUGAGGCGUGUAUCAUUAGCGGGGCAAGGUAUCCUGAUGCCAUGGCAGACUUCCAGUUGGGUGAGACGCCCGAGUUGACGUCGUAA